AUGGCAGGCCUGGAAAUUAUAUUUUCAUCCGUUUGCAACGCGACUUUCUGCGAAUACGUUUAUGACAAUCCAUUGAAUGAUGCAAAAUUAUCUGGGAAGCAGAAUGAAACAUUGGCUCUACGUAAUCUUGUUAAUGGGAAACACUUAAAAAUUGGGACAUUUAAUAAUUUUCCCAUGAGUUGGACAGACAGAGCAGAAAAUGGCACAUACAUCGGUUAUGGAGUAGCAUUCGAAAUUAUUGAAAUACUACAGAAAAAGUUCAAUUUUACUUACGAAGUUGUCGUUCCGGAGAAAAAUUUCGUAUUUGGCAAGGGAAGACCAGAAGAGUAUCUUAUUGGACUUCUCAACACUAGUAAAAUCGAUAUGGCAGCUGCUUUUAUCCCAACCCUUAACAACUACGACAGAUUCGUACAAUUUUCGCCGAUUUUAGACGAGGGGACUUGGAUGAUGAUGUUAAAACGUCCAAAGGAGUCAGCUGCAGGGUCGGGUCUUUUGGCCCCAUUCGAUGAAAUGGUUUGGUAUUUGAUCCUCAUUGCCGUAGUGGCGUAUGGGCCAUGCGUUACUUUGCUAACUCGUUUACGCAAUAAGUUAAUGCCUGACGACGAGAAGUACAUACCAAUAUCUCCUAGCAUUUGGUUUGUAUAUGGAGCAUUUAUCAAGCAAGGAACAUCAUUAUCUCCAAACGCAAACACCACUCGAGUACUGUUUGCAACUUGGUGGAUUUUUGUGAUCCUGUUAUCUGCUUUUUAUACAGCGAACUUGACAGCUUUCCUCACUCUCUCCAAAUUUACCUUGGAGAUCGAAACACUUCAAGAUUUGUACAAGAAAAACUAUCGCUGGUUUGCUACUGAAGGUGGAGCUGUUGAAUAUGCUGUUAAAAAUACAGACGAAAGCCUGCAUUUUCUGAGCAAAAUGAUUUCAAACGGCCGUGCAAAAUUUCGUUCAGUAAGCGAAGAUAGCGAAUACUUAUCUUACGUAUCUGAAGGCGCUGUAUUAGUCAAUGAUGGGACAGUAAUAGACUAUUUGAUGUAUUUUGACUACCUGGAGAAGACAAAACAGGGUGUACCGGAGGCUGAGAGGUGUACGUAUGUUGUUGCUCCUGGCGCAUUCAUGGAAAAGAGACGUGCGUUCGCGUUUCCGAAAAAUUCUACGUUGAAUACAUUGUUUACACCUGUUAUGCAUAUGAUAAUAUACAGCGGUAUAAUAAAAUAUUUAGAGCGUAAAACACUGCCCGAUACCAAAAUAUGUCCCCUGGAUCUUCAGUCUAAAGACCGUCAGCUAAGAAACAGUGAUCUACUGAUGACGUAUUAUAUAAUGGCCGUUGGUUUAGCUACUGCGGUAUCCGUGUUCAUUGGCGAGAUUUCCUUUAAACGGUACGGGAUACUCAAAUACAAAGGUAAACGUUUAAAACUUGUUCGAAAGAAGUUAACACCUACCCAAAACUUCAAGUUCGACAACACCCGACCACCGCCUUACGAGUCUUUAUUCGGCAAAUCUAAAAAAGGAGCCGAAUCAACCAAAAAAAUAAUCAACGGUAGAGAAUAUUGGGUGAUAAGCAAAGAGAAUGGCGAAACAAGACUUAUCCCAGUGAGAACACCAUCUGCACUUUUAUAUCGUUAACACAGAUAAUAUAAUACUAUUCUAGUCGUUGGUAAUCGAUUUUUCGGAAUUUUGUCGAUCUUAUGUUUUAUCUGUG